AACAAAGAUCAGCUGUUUCGUGCAUGCAGCGCGAAGCUACGAGCUGGCAAAAUGGCGUGAUGGUUAAAAAUACUUACAAUAAUUUUGCCGUUAUUAACUUCAUCACUGAUACGCAAUGUGUAGAUGACAAGCACAAGAUUAGUUUUUUAUACACACCAACAAUAUUUAUUUUAUACAACGUAUAGCUGACGUUACAAGGUCGUGGAUUUUUUGUUCCUGCCUCAUUAGAAUGUGUAGCAACGAGCAAGAUUCCCUCGGGAAGGACGGCACGACCGGCGCCGGGGGCUGGUGCCGGCGCGUGCCCGCCAGACACGUCAUCAUGGGCGUGCUGGCCUUCAAGCUGGUGCUCGUCACCUACAUCGGCGCCAUGUCGUCGCUCACGGUGGUCGCCAUGGUGCGGCCGCGCAACGCCUCCAACGCCUCCGCCGGGGGCGACUGCCCCGCGCCCCUCGCCCCCGUCAACGCCAGCGGGCCGCCGGACGGCCAGAGUGGCGAGUUCGACUGGGACGAGAUGACCCAGUCGUACAUCUACGCGGCGCCCUCGCUCGGGUCUCUGCUGUGCCUGCUGCUGACAGUCCGCCUGAACGAGGUGUGGGGCCCGAAGCUGGUGGUCGGCUGGUGCAUGGCUUCCACGGCGCUGCUGGUGGCGCUGGGGCCCGUUGCUGCCAGGACCGGCGUCUGGGUCUACAUAGCGCUCCUCUUCUUGCGGGGGUGUUUGGGCGCGCCGGUUGGCACGGGCUUCGUCAUCCUCUUCACCGCCUGGCUGCCGGCCAAUGAGAGGACCCGCUCUGCUGGCAUCGCCUUCUCCGCCACCAUCGUGGGCACGCUGCUGUCCAUGUUCACGGCCGGCAGCCUCAUGGAGCAGUACGGCUGGACCAUGCCCGCCUACGCCUCGGCCGCCACCUCGCUGCCGUUCCUCGUCGUGUGGUACUGCCUGGUGUACGACACCCCGCUGCGCCACCCGCGGAUCUGCCCGGAGGAGCGCGCCUACAUCGUCGCCACCACCAACAUGGACUAUGUCGAGGUCACGCCGCCCGCCCCGUGGUUGAAGAUAGUCUCCAGCGGCCCGAUCUGGGCCCACAUCGCCGUCCAGGUGGCCAUGUCGUGGACCAGCUUUGUCUUCGGGGCGCAGCUGCCCACGUACCUGAAGAACAUCCUGCACUUCAACAUACAGCAGAGCAGCUUCAUAUCGGCGCUGCCGCACCUCGCGAACCUCGUGAGUAACGUGACCUGCAGCGCGCUGUCGCAGUGGCUGAGGAGCCGCCGUCUGCUGGGACACCUCACCUGCUACAGGCUCUUCAACUUCCUGGCCACGGUGGCCUCGGCCGCAGUUAUCGCCGCCAUCUCGGGCCUCGGCUGCGACUCCACGGCCAUCGUGGCGGUGCUUGUGGUCGCCAUGGCGCUCAACGGCUCCUACUUCGGCGGCAGUUUCAUGAACAACCUGGACCUGGCCCCCAACUUCGCCGGCUCAGUCAGCGCCCUGUCCUCCACCGUCACCGGCACCAUCAGCAUCAUUGCUCCGACCAUCAUCGGCGCCAUCACGGACCAGCAGCAGACGCUGGCCGCUUGGAGCAAGGUGUUCUACGUGUCGGCUGCGGUGUCUGCCGCCCCGUACCUCGUCUUCUUCGCGCUGGGCUCCGUCGACGAGCAGCCCUGGAACAGGAUCAGCAAGGACGAGGAGCAAGUGCCCAUCAUCAACGCAGAGGCGGAAGCCCUUGCUGUGGACACAUCCCAGGACUGCUGACGCAUACUGCGUGC